AUGCACGAGCAAAGUCUCAUAUGGUUUCAUAAAGCAUUGGAUAUUUACAAACAACUACAAAAUCAAACUUUGAUGGCAGAUACUAUUAGCAAUAUUGCACUUGUUUAUUUCGGCAAAGAAGAUUAUCAACAGGCAAUUGUCGCGUACAAUGAAGCAUUAGCAAUUUGUAUUAAAGAGUUCGGCAUUGAUCAUGAGAAAGUCGCUAAGUGUUACGACGGAAUAGGUGCUGUGAAUGGUAAAGUAAAUAGAUAUUCUGAGGCACUUGCAUUCAAAAAGAUGGCAUUAGCUAUUAGAGAGAAACAUCUUCCUGCUGAUCAUCCUGACUUAGGCCAAUCAAAUACAUGUAUUGGUACUACUUACAUGUCUCUAGGAGAUUUCGAGUCUGCAAUGUGGCAUUAUAAUAAAUCGAUUCAGAUCUACGAAAAAUCAAUUCCAUCUGAUCAUCCCCGUUUUGCGAUGACAUUCAAGCAGAUGGGGAACACAUACGAAAACAUGGGUGAUUUGAAGAAAGCAAAGUAUUAUUGCAAGAAAGCAGCUGCGAUUUAUCAUCGCUUAUUUCGUUCAAAUAACGUAGAUGCGAUGGAUAUUGAGGAAAGGAUCAAAAGAGUAUCCAAAUAG